UCGAUUAUUGAUGACGUUGUUUAUAGGCGGCCAAUUUUAUCUAUUGUGUUUAUCUUGAGCUCUCCACAGUUUUUUCGUGAAUGGAUAAUGAAUUAUCGUUAGAUAUUCUUACCCCUAUUUUGGGCAUGGAUUGGAAAACAUCUUAGAUAUUAGUCACCCGUGCACAAAUGCGAAAAUGAACAAAGGGUGGCUGGAGCUCGAGAGUGAUCCAGGACUGUUCACUUUGCUGGUGGAAGAUUUUGGUGUCAAAGGUGUCCAAGUAGAGGAAAUCUAUGAUCUUCAAAGCAAGUGUCAAAGUCCUGUUUAUGGCUUCAUCUUCCUGUUCAAGUGGAUUGAGGAACGUCGAUCCAGGAGGAAAGUUAACACUUUGGUGGAUGAGACUUCUGUUAUUGACGAGGAAAUUGUAAAUGAUAUGUUCUUUGCUCAUCAGCUGAUACCAAAUUCAUGUGCCACCCACGCUUUGUUGAGUGUGCUUUUGAACUGCAGCGGUGUUGAGCUCGGCACCACACUUAGUCGCAUGAAGGCUUUCACCAAGGGCUUUAGUCCAGAGAGUAAAGGUUAUGCAAUAGGAAAUGCCCCAGAGCUUGCCAGAGCACAUAACAGCCAUGCCAGACCGGAGCCCAGGCACCUGCCGGAGAAGCAGAAUGGAAUCAGUGCAGUUCGAACCAUGGAAGCCUUCCACUUUGUUAGCUAUGUGCCUAUCAAAGACCGCCUCUUUGAGCUCGAUGGACUAAAGGCUUACCCCAUUGACCAUGGGCCCUGGGGAGAAGAGGAGGAGUGGACUGAUAAAGCUCGGCGGGUUAUCAUGGAGAGGAUUGGACUAGCCACUGCUGGUGAGCCAUACCAUGACAUUCGCUUCAACCUGAUGGCAGUGGUGCCUGACCGCAGGAUGAAGUAUGAGUCCAAACUGGAAAUUCUAAAGAGGAACCGACAGACUGUUCUAGAGGGUCUACAGAAGAUGAUCAAGCUCACUCAGCCCGAGCUUGUCCACGACAAAAAAGAGAAGGACUCUUCCUCUACAGACGAUGGCGUCACUGCGAUCAAGAAAGAGGCAGAUGUGGAACAUGUUACAUCCCAGGGGACUGACCAGGCUUCAUCAGAUUCAGUGGACGAGUCAGCAGUUCAGUCCAAAGAUGCCACUAGCCCCACAAGACACACAAAGGUCAUGGGCAAACCACCAGUGUCCACAGGAGGAGGUACCCAGCAAGUCACUAGUCCCAACCCCAUCGUUCAACGCCUGCCUGCCUUCCUGGACAACCACAACUAUGCUAAGUCUCCCAUGCAGGAAGAAGAGGAUCUUGCUGCCGGAGUUGGUCGCUCUCGAAUGCCGGGGCCUCCACAACACUCGUACUCCGAUGAUGAAGACGAUGAAGAGGAUGAUGAAGAGGAAGUGACUGGUUCUGCAGGCACAUCUAACAGGUUCAGACGGAAGGCAAGUCUGCGAUCACGAACAGGACGGGUGGGGACAGGGAUGGAGAGCCAGAUUACCCUCACGGUGUUGUCUGAGAAACUGAAGAAGGAGGCCCAAAGGAAAGAUGCCCUGAACACACCCCUUUCUGUACGCACCGAAGGGCGCACUGGGGGCAUUUGUAUCACAUCUGCUUCACAGCCAUCCCCCACACCAAGCAAUGAAAGCACUGACACAGCCUCUGAGAUUGGCAGCGCUUUUAACUCCCCGUUGCGCUCACCUGCACGCUCCCAGGCUGCCACACGCCCGUCAAGUCCAGUUGCAUCCCAUCUGUCCCGUGUGCUGUUUGGAGAAGAUGAGAUGCUGAGGCUGGACUCCAGACAUAACCGUGCUGUAAGAGAACUAGGUCCCUCUGUCAGCGUAGCCUUGUUGCACUUGCAGGACGAUGGAGUCAUCUUUGCUCUCCCUCCAUCAGUAGAUUUGGCUGCCGAUGGCACAAAGCAGCCUUGCACUCCUGUGAAGACAAAAGACAAAGAGGAAGGAAGCCCCGUAGCAGGAGAGAAACAAGGAGUGAACGAGGGAGAUGCAGGACCAUCCGUGGAGGUGAAAGAAGAGGACGGCAAGGAUGGAGCAGAGACUAGAGCUAGCAAGGAGAGGGCCAAAACUAUGGAAACUACUGCAGACAGCAAGCCCCCUGGGGACAAGUACUCUCCCAAAGAGCUGCUUGCACUGCUCAAAUGUGUAGAGGCUGAUAUCGCCAAUUAUGAGGUUUAUCUGAAGGAGGAAGUAGAGAAGAGAAAGAAAUACAAAAUUGAUGAUCAGAGGAGAACCCAUAACUACGAUGAGUUCAUCUGCACUUUUAUAUCAAUGCUGGCCCAAGAAGGAAUGUUGGCCAGCCUUGUGGAGCAAAAUAUUUCCGUGCGUCGUCGGCAGGGAGUGAGUAUCGGCCGCUUGCACAAACAGAGGAAGCCUGACCGCAGGAAACGCUCCCGCCCUUACAAGGCUAAACGACAGUAAUUGCAAUCACAACUUCUGUAAUUUAAUUAUUCCUGUGAGCACUGAGCAAUCACUGCAGAGAAAGAGAAACUGAUGCACCCCUGAAACUGUCUCCUAAAGGCGGUUCAAUGUUGUAUUUUAGUCAUGGGGCCUUCUCUUCAUCAUGAAAUCGACCAUGCGUUCUUUUAUCAUUUAUGUAUAUAUGUACUACCAUUUUAGUCUCAAUGUAAAGAUUUUUCUUUCAUGUGCCACUAUGAUUGACAGAUUGUAAAUAUGAAAAAAGGCAUGACCCCCAAUGAUGCAGCUGAAUGCUGCAUCAAACCAGAAAGUAUUCAUUUUCAGUGAAAGAUCUUCUCUACAGUCUUGUGGUCAGUACGGUUUGAUAUAUCACUUAAUAUUUAGUUUGGUAAAUAAGUCAACAUUUCAUCAACUGUAUCCCUUGCUCAUGUUUUCAUGGUGCCAACAAAGUAUUGAAUAUCUUGACAAUAGAAGGCUAUGUAUUUUAUUCAUUCAUAGCAGUUCAGUUAUAAUCGCUUCAUUGUUGGUAAUUUACUAUACAACAUAAAAAGCAUUUUUUAAAUCAUAUUCUUUGUGGACAGUUUUAAACUCAAGAAGAGGUCAUGACGCAUCAGGGUUUUUUCGUUUCAUUGGAAUGUCUUUUCAUCUAAGGGCCUCAUGCCGUGUAUUUGCUGUAUGUCUCAUGAGGUCCUGCAAAUGAAAAACAAACUCUUGUUAUUUUUGUACCUGAAAUGAAUCUCAAAGUGAGUGAAUAUUAAGUCAGAUGUGUGCAUUUGUUUGUUUUGUACAUAUGUAUCUGUUAAGUGAUUCACCUGUUCACUGAGUUCAGUUGUUCUUUGUGCUUGCCAGUCCAUAUAACAAUAAAGUUAAUGGAAAUAUA